GCGCCGUUCCAAUGAAAAGAAAAAAAAACCUUCACGUGGAGGAAAUCCCCAUUUCACACAUUUUUGAAAAAUAAAAAACAUAUUUUAAUUCGUCAUCCAUGGGAAAAAGGGAAAGGCGUUUUUCACCCCUUUUUUGGAAUUUCUUUUUUGUUAAUUUGUUCCUCCUUUGUACGUAAGUCAAAGUAGGGAACCCUCCGCCAACCCGUUACCACUUCAGAAGCGUUAACAAAAUGAAGUGGGCACAGUUCGCGUUGCGUCCGUGCCUGCACCUCGUUCAGAAGGGGAGUACGGAGAGGAGGCACUUCCUAUACACCCAGCAAAAACGCAUAUGCAACCAGCAAACCCCGCUACACAUUUACAACGCAACGAAGUACUCGAAGCGGUCGAUGAACCACCGGCUAUUUUACAUCAAUUGGCUUUUCCUCUUUUUAUUCUUGGACUUGUGUAAUGGUCACUUGGACAUAUGAAGGGUGUAGGUGGGUAGCUCCCGUUGGGGGGGUCAGGAGCGGCCCGCUCGCCUUUGCAGAGUAGCGGUUACUCCGCUUGGCGGUUACGCCGCUAAACAGUCUGUGCGCAAAGUGGAGAAGCAGCGGGGGUCCCUGUUUAUGGGCACCCCAAAAACCUCCCCGCUCGAUUCCCUUUUAGCAUCUUAGCGCGAGACAGACGUGAAAGGUGUAUACAGCAUGUGGAGGGGAAAAAAACAACUUUCAAAAUGAAAACCCCAUUUUGCAAAGUCUUUUUUUUUUUUUUUUUAUUAAAAAAACUUAAACGACUUGAAGGACAAGUAAAGGCCGCAGGCGGUGAGGGCCACGAGCAGGGCGCCGAUCAACCCGUCCGACGAGAUU